GGAGUGUGGGGUAAAACGCGCGUUCAAGCAGUGGACGAUCUGCAAGAUAUUCGACAUGCAGCCAGCUACUUAGCUACCUGGCUCCGAAAAUGACUUGGAUGGUUGGAUCUCCCUUGCUGUCAUGGAGUAUCCUUGCCCCCUCCCCCUCCCUCUUCCCCCCUGAUCAUCAAUCAGAAUGGGUCCUGGAUCCUGGGGCUAAUCACAUCUCUGUAUUGGUUUUUGCAAUCCACAAGUGCAGAUGCACGGUGCACUCAGGGGAUCUACAAUACCUACUUUUAGCGGCUCACCGGAUUCGGCCAUACCGCAUCACUCCCCGAUUUUCGAGUGCCUCUGGUGGUUUUGCUUCAAGUUGAGGACAAAAGUUCCCGAUACAGAUGUCGCAAGAAUCUUCAUGUCUGUUUCCAUCCUUCUGUUCUUCAUAUCACUUGCAUCCAGGGACGUUCACACUUGCCUACGUACACCGAUCCGCCGGCUGCAGACAAGCUUCGACGUUGGAACUAAAAAGACGCCUCUGGCUCGACUCCUUGCUUGAGGCUUGCUUACCGGUCGGUGUGGCGAUAAUUUCGCCGACCCCCGGUCGGAACCCAAUUGAGACAACUGGAAUGGCACUUGAGGAUUAACAGCUGGCUUGUUGGGAUGCGCAGAGCUAGACUGGAUGAUUGAACAUUGCCCCACUCCCAGCUGCAGUGUGG